AUGAAUCAACUCUUCCACAACCUUGUGUCCUCGACCUACGGGCGGAUCGGACUUGUGUCUAGCGUGUUCCUCACGCUAUACGUACUUUACGUCUCCAUCUAUCGUCUCUACUUCCAUCCUCUGCGGAGCGUUCCAGGUCCUAGGCUUGCUGCGUUGACGCAAUGGGUCGAAACGUACUAUGAGUGCUUCAAGGCGCCCGGUGGUCAAUUCAUGUGGGAAUACCAGAAAUGGCAUGAGAAAUACGGUAUGUCUACAUGGUUCAGGAAGCAAAUACUGUUUGCUCACCACUUCGUUGCAGGGCCUAUCGUGCGUGUUAGUCCAAACGAAGUACACAUCCAAGAUCCCACUUUCUACGAUACCCUCUAUGCGCAGUCUCGCCACUCGGACAAGCUGAAGCAUCUCGAGCACCGCUUCAACAAUGAGAUGUCCUCAUUUGCUACUGCUGAGCACAGUCUUCAUCGUCUGCGCCGUAGCGCGCUCAAUCCCUUCUUCUCUAAACGUAAGAUAACUCAGUACUCGCCUCACGUCCAGAGUCAUAUGGAUCGUCUCUGCAAUCGCAUCGAUUCCGAUUUCGUCGCCAACGGGAAGACGAUGAACCUGAAUAAUAUGUGGGGCGCCUUCACUUCGGACAUUGUCGUCGGAUAUUGUCUCGAGAAGCCGUAUGACUUCAUCCUGAACCCUGACUUUCGCGCCCAAUUCUCCGACGCCAUGGUUGAUCUUCUCGACCCUGUUCACUUCAUCACGCAAUUCCCCUGGAUGAUCAGAUCCCUGAAGCUGCUCCCAGACUGGCUCGUCGUGCUCCUGUCGCCUCCAAUGCGCUCCGUCAUGACCUUCAACAAGGAAAUGGAGACGCAAAUCCAGCACGCCAAAGCCGUACACGCCUCUGGGGAAAAGACAAUGGCCAUCCCAUCUCUUUUCACGGCCCUGCUCGAGUCCGACCUCCCACCUAGCGAACUCUCUACCAAACGCCUGCAGCACGAAGCCAUCUCCGUCAUCGGCGCGGGCAUCGAAACAACAAUGUACACGCUGUCGACAUGCUCGUACCACCUACUCGCCAAUCCUGUGACGCUGGCCAAGUUGUGCACUGAACUCGAUGCAGCGAUUCCAGAUGCAAAUCACAUCCCGAAUCUCGACGCGUUGAUGCAGUUGCCGUACUUGACUGGCGUGGUCAACGAAGCUCUGAGAUUCGGCUACGGCACUCCUCAGCGCAUCCCUCGCCUCUCGCCAACACCCAUGGUCUACCACACCCCCGAAGUAGACUACCAGCUCCCUGUAGGCACUAUCGUGAGCAUGGACCAUUACACCGCCUCUCAUGAUCCAAGUGUUUUCCCUGAUCCGUUCGCGUUCAUACCGGAGCGCUGGGCAAACGAUGCAAAGGCGCCAGAUGGGAAGGCGCUAACAAAGUACCUGAUUGCAUUUGGACGUGGAACGCGAAGCUGUGUGGGCAUGCAGCUCGCAUAUGCGGAUUUGUAUAUUGGCAUUGCGACUUUCUUUCGGCGGUUUGAGUGCGCGCUGUUCGAGACCGGGCGCGACGCUGUUGAUCUAUACCUUGAUAGCUUUGUUCCGCGCGCGAAGCCCGGGACGCAGGGAGUGAGGGUUGUUGUUCAGAGGAAGCGAUAG